UUUUCCUUUUAUCUAUUCAGCCGAACCCUAAAGAAAACCCCUCUUUGACAGCUUUAUGGCCACCAGAAUCGACGGCGAUUCCUCCCGAAAAAUCAUCCCCGACCCGACCCGAAUAACCAAUCCCUCGAUAACUCUUCGGAUCCUCAAUCCUUGCUCCAUUCCAGGUUUUUAAAAGUCUAAGCGUAAUGGAUGAUGUAACUGAUUUGACUGGUGAUGGAGGUGUUAUUAAGAAGAUCGUAACAAGAGCCAAAGCGGGUGCGCUCGCCCCUUCCGAGGAUCUUCCGAUGGUUGAUGUUCAUUAUGAAGGUACCCUAGCUGAAACUGGUGAAGUUUUUGAUACAACACAUGAAGAUAACUCUGUUUUCUCCUUUGAGCUUGGAAAGGGCACGGUUAUUCAGGCUUGGGACAUUGCUUUAAAAACUAUGAAGGUUGGUGAAGUUGCGAAAAUAACUUGCAAGCCAGAGUAUGCCUAUGGUGCUGCCGGAUCUCCCCCCGAUAUCCCACCCAAUGCUACCCUUAUCUUCGAGGUGGAGUUACUGUCCUGCAGGCCACGCAAAGGUUCCAGUCUCGGUAGUGCUUCGGCAGAGAGAGCUAGGCUAGAGGAGCUGAAGAAGCAGAGGGAAAUUGCUGCUUCGGUGAAGGAGGAAGAGAAAAAGAAGAGAGAAGAAGCGAAAGCUGCCGCAGCUGCUCGUAUUCAAGCCAAGUUGGAGGCCAAGAAAGGUCAAGGAAAAGGUAAAGGCAAAGGCAAAUAGUUAAAGAAGGAUUUUCUAUUAGAUAUAGACUGAAAAAAAAACAAAUGUUAAACUGAUAAAGUUUCAUGUCAGCCAUUUUAAUGGUGAUAUUGCUUACUGUUAAUGUUGGAAAAUGGUCACUAUAACCCUCUUGUUUCUGGUGCUUAGCUACUAUGUUAAUUAGAGCUCUUCCAGAAAUUAGUUAGUCGAUUAGACGUA